AGGGCAUUCUCCCGCCAAAUUGUCCAAACCUUGUACUCACUACAGAAACUUCAUUCGAAAGCCCGUCAUACGUCUCCUCCUCCACAGUUCCACCACCAUCCACAUCCGCCACUUCUCCCUCCUCGUCCUUGCUUACACCUGAUCAAGUCCAUUGCCAGCGAAUCCCAUCACAGUUAAAAAAUUAUUCUCUCGCCUUUUGUAUAUCCAAUUCCGAUUGUUCUCGUGGAUUUAUUCAGAUUGUACAUAAGCUCAGUGCCCCGGUUGCAAAAUUCAAGACCUCAAAGGAUACGAGCCAUGACCUGCAUUUCCGUCAGGUAGCCGGCCCUGACGACUUUUAUUUUUUACUGGAGGGCGCGCAAAAGUUGGCUCUUGGAGCACAUUUGGUACCAAACAACCUUGAAGUCAAUGUCGAUAAUUCUUCACAUUCUGGCGAUUCAAACUCGUCAUCGCUCUCUGAUGCUGCGCCCUCUGACAAACUGGUCUACAGGGCUGAUUUUCGAAUGGCUCUCCCUGGACCAAUACAGCUCUUUGGAUGGCUUACCUACGAAAAUUUUAGGGCUGUGCGCGAAAAUCGUCCAGGUGUUUGGCCUCAAUGGACCCAUUCUAUCUUGAUUGACCCAAAGACAGUGGUCAAUCCAACAGAGAACGCCACAACAAAAUUCACUAUUUGUCCUGACUGUGAGUUGAGUUCGUUCUUGGACCAAGUAAAGACGUAUCGCGAGCAGCACUUUGAGCAAUGCGAUCGCAUGGUGCCUGUUCGUGGAUCAUAUUGGCGCGAGGACUUAGCCGUCAAAGUCUACUCAGGUCUAGACAUCGUCAAUAAUGCACCAGGUGCUGGAGCCUUUUACAAAGCCCCGAAUAGCAACAAUGUACCCAAACCACAGAAUGGGAAAUUGACCAGAGGGUGGCGUUUUGUGCCAAAUGGAUGCACAAUGACCAAAACAUCUAGCCAGCUUCAUGGCUCUUCUCAAAAUCCUUACGUACCUACAUGCGACUCUAUUGCUUCGCCCACCGCGGCUAUGCGCCCUCCCAAGCCCGCGGAGCAGGACCAUGAUACCAAUAAUAGUGAUAAUAAUGACAGCAACAAUGAGAAUAAUUACCCUAGACGCCGAAUCCUCUUUACAGGUGAUUCACAAGUCCGGACUACAUACAACUCCAUCCUGAGCCAUUACCGCCCUGUUGACCCUCACCAACGUUUCCCUGCGCAUAGCGAAUUCUUACCCGUACUCGAGAAUCUCAAUCUUAAUAACACGCAGACAGAGAAACCCAAUUCUGCAAUUACCACUCCAAGGACGGAAUCGGACACGGAGAUUGAGUUGGUGUACAGAGCAGACCAGUUCUUGGAUUAUCUGCUUGAUUCCUCUGAUGAAGAGCUAGAUAAAUAUGACACAAUCUAUCUCAAUAUUGGGCAAUGGCCGGCUAGUGGGCCUGUUGCAGGUGGACAAUGGUCGACUGCAAAGCUGUUGGAGCGAUGGGAGGGAGUCAUUCAGCGGCUGAACCGGUGGAAGGAGUCUCGCGAGGCUCGACUUGUGGCACGGCGACAGCAACGAUAUGAACGAGGAAGCGAUCCAGAUAUGAAUAUGGAUCCUAAGGAAGACCCGACGGUGGGUUCUGGCGAGUCUUCCAUUGUCAUCUGGGCAGGAAUGAAUGCAUUCCCUAUGCGCACAGAUACUUCUAUCCGCGUUAAAGGCGAUUGGAGGACAAAUGCACGCUUGGGCUACUGGGAUGAUUGGAUUGAAAUCAUUUCUCAAGAGGCUGGUGGAUGGUUCCGACGAUUGAACUCAUGGCAAUUGACCUUUCCCAUGUUGGAUCAGGUUACUGAUAAGGCUCAUUUCCAAGAGACGGAUGCUAUUGAUGCACUCAAGCUGGAAGCCCUUUAUAAACUAGACCUUUGCUCGCGCAUGAGUGCUGAUACCCCCUAUUCGGAUCUUCUUUCAGAAUCAGUAACCAUAGCUACUUCUAAUACCACUGCCUAAGUACUAACUCACAAAAAAAGAAGUAUCAUGAUAACAAUACCCUCCCUCAUUAAUGAACAUCAUUGCAUAUUAUACACAUACAAAAAGC